CUGGCAGCGUGCACGGCUCAAAAUCCACGGUUAGCACCACCUCCUCCACAAAACCCCUUCCACAUCCAGUGCACAGCUCUAGUGGUCCGAGAGGACGUCUGGGAGAGACGCUGUCAUGGCCUUCACCUCAGCUCAGAAUGUGGAGUUUGUGCGGACGGGCUAUGGGAAGAACGCGGUGAAGGUUCUGUACAUCAAGCGGCAAGGAGCUCAGCACUACAUCAUCGAGCUGAAGGCCGAUGUGGAGCUGACGCUCAAAUCACGUAAAGACUACCUGACGGGGGACAACUCCGACAUCAUCCCCACCGACACCAUCAAGAACACCGUCCACGCCCUGGCCAAACUCAAGGGGGUGAAGAGCAUUGAAGAGUUCUCUCUGGACAUCUGCCGCCAUUUCCUCACCUCCUUCAACCACGUGCUGACAGCCAAGGUCCACAUGGAAGAGGCCCCGUGGAGGAGGCUGGAGAAGAAUGGCGUGCAGCAUGUCCAUGCAUUCAUCUACAGCCCAGAGGCUUGGCGUUUCUGCGACGUCGAACAAAACCUCAAUGGUGUCCCGGUGGUCCAUAGCGGGAUUAAGGACAUGAAGGUGCUGAAGACGACCCAGUCUGGUUUUGAAGGUUUCCUCCGUGAUCGUUUCACCACCUUGUCAGAUGCCAAAGACCGGUUCUUCUGCACCUCCCUGUACGCCAGGUGGCGCUACAACAAGAUUCAGUACACCAACUUUGACGCUGCAUGGAAAUGUGUCAAAGAGACGAUAAUCGAUAAAUUUGCCGGACCAUACCACUGUGGAGAGUACUCACCAUCUGUGCAGAAAACCCUCUACGACACACAGGUUUUGAUCUUGGACAGAGUUCCUGAGGUGGAGGAGGUAGAGAUUGUCAUGCCGAACCAACAUUACUUCACCAUAGACAUGACCAAAAUGGGCCUAACCAACAAGGAUGAAGUUCUUCUCCCUCUAGAUAACCCGUCAGGGAACAUCACGGGGACCGUGUGCAGGAAACAGCUAGCCAGACUGUAAAGACAACUGCAGGAAAACCCCACAGAAACAUUUAGACAGAACAAUGUUAUGUUAACCCUGCUUAUACAACAGGAGGCAGAGCUGUAGAGAUUACUCAGAAAUCGCCUAUGAACCUGCUGUAAGCUAUUUAACAACCGGACAGCUGAGGCCUGACCAUUUUCUUUAUAAAGAACAUAAUUUGUAGGGUUAUGAGUCUUUCAUUAUUUCUGUUGGCAGCAUUUAAGCAAUCUUUUUAUGGCAAACCAUGGAUUCAGGUAUGAGCCAAGCCUUUGUCCAUAUGAAUUAAAUGUACAAUAAACCAUGACUGGUGAUUUAUGCAGGGCAUCUCCC